AUGAGCGGAACUCAAGGAACAGCGUCAGUGCGAUGGAAGCCGUGGGACACUGCCCAUGAAGAAUGCCCGAUCUUCGACAAAAUGGAAGACGCUACCAAGCUUGCAACGCUGUUCGAAGAGAGCCCCAACAUCGCCGUCCACUUAAGUGACACUGAGACCAUCUUGUACGUCCAAAAGGCGGUCCUCUGUCGCGUCUCUGAAUGGUUCGUAAAGGCAUUGACUGGGAACUUCGCGGAAGGCCACACCAAGACCCUGCAUCUGCUGGACUGCGACAAGGAUACCUUUGCGCUGUUCUUGUACUGGGUGUGCCACAAGGGUCUUCCGCUGGACAUGGAUGUUGAGGACGAGCACUAUACCGUCGAGACCCUACCCGACGGACAGGAACGCCAGUGGACGGAGUCUGCAAGCCAACGACGUCUUAUCAAUCUUUGGUGCUUCGGAGACAAGUAUCUCAUCCCGCAUCUCCAGAACCAGGCUAUGGAGUCUCUUAUAAUGACUUUCCAAUAUCGUGCGGCCGCCGUCGACGCAGUCCAAUUGGCUUGGGAGAACACCACAGAGACCUCUAAGCUUCGCGAGGUCAUUGUAGACUCAAUGGUUGGCAGCUACCAGGAGGUGAAUGACAACGAGUACAAGCAGCACGAGAUCGACUACCUCGAGCAAAUUCCAGGCGUGAUGAGGGUGCUGGCUGCGGCGUUGAGUGCCUUGUUGCGCAAAUCUGAUGGUUCCAGGACAGCAAAAAUAUGCGCCUCCACUGAAGGAUCUGAAGCUCUAUCUGGUGGAGGUAGAUUAGAUGCCGCGCCGGCCCUUGCCGUCCCUGGCCCAGCAUGCGAUACCACAGCACGUCAUCUUCGCCAGGAGCCUGCCCUUCCUUGCAGAAUCAAAGCGGAUCUGGACAAACCUGACGAAAGUCGUUCGGAAAGUGCAGAGUUCUCCAUAACAUCGGCGUCUUCAUUUACAUCGAUAUGCUGGUCAACAAGCUCAGUCCAGUAUUGA